CAUACAGCAUGAGAGCGUCGGCGAAAUUUUCGCUUUGCACACUGCUUUGUCUGGUCACUGCCUUGGCCGUUGGCGCGGAAAUCUUUUUCGAAGAUAACUUCCCCGAUGAUUCUUUUGAGAACGAAUGGACGUACUCCGAAUAUUCUGGUAAGGAGUUUGGUAAGUUUGUUCACAGCUCAGGUUAUUUCUACAACGAUUUCGAGGCCGACAAGGGUAUACAGACAACACAGGACGCUAAGUUCUAUGCCUUGUCCAAAAAAUUCUCACCCUUCAGCAAUGAAGGCAAAAACCUUGUCAUUCAGUACUCGGUCAAACACGAGCAGAAUAUUGAUUGCGGCGGUGGAUACAUUAAGCUGUUCAACUGCGAUUUGGAACCUAAGGAAAUGCACAGUGAAACGCCUUACGAAAUUAUGUUUGGACCUGACAUUUGUGGUCUUGCAACAAGGAAGGUGCAUGUUAUCUUCAGCUACAAAGGAAAGAAUUUAUUGAUCAAUAAAGACAUUCGUUGUAUUGAUGACGUUUAUACUCAUUUUUAUACACUUAUUUUAAAGUCAGAUAAUACUUAUGAAGUAUUAAUUGAUAAUGAAAAUGUAGAAUAUGGUGAAUUAGAAGCCGAUUGGGACUUUUUACCCCCCAAGCAAAUCAAUGAUCCUAACGUUAAGAAACCUGAGGAAUGGGACGAUAAGCCAACUAUUGAUGACCCCAAUGAUGAGAAACCAGAAGAUUGGGAUAAGCCAAAACUCAUUCCUGACCCAGCUGCCACUAAACCAGAAGAUUGGGACGAUGAAAUGGAUGGAGAAUGGGAACCAGCAAUGAUUGAUAAUCCAGAUUUCAAGGGAGAAUGGAAACCAAAACAGAUUGAUAAUCCAAAUUACAAAGGAGUAUGGGUACAUCCAAAAAUUGAUAAUCCAGAAUACAAAAAAGAUGAUAAACUUUAUGCAAGAAAAGAAAUUUGUGCUAUUGGUUUUGACUUAUGGCAAGUAAAAUCUGGUACAAUCUUCAACAACAUUUUGAUCACGGACGAUAUUGAAAUGGCUAAAGAAAAAGCAGAUGCCAUCUGGAAACCAAGAUAUGAGGGCGAGAAGAUUAUGAAGGAUGCAAUUGACGAAGAAGAAAGUAAGAAAAUAAAACAAGAAGCAAAGAAAUCUAAUGAUGAAGAAGAUGGGGAGGAAAAUGAAGAACUAACUGAUAAUGACCAUGAUGAAUUGUAA